AUAUAGAGGAGAUCUGGAAAAUAGCGAACUAGUUCGCUACAAUUUCCCGUCGUUAAGAGGAGAUCUGGAAAAUAGCGAACUAGUUCGCUACAAUUUCCCAUCGUAUGUAUAUACAGGAGAUCUGGAAAAUAGCGAACUAGUUCGCUACAAUUUCCCGUCGUGUAUAUAUAUAUAGAGGAGAUCUGGAAAUAGCGAACUAGUUCGCUACAAUUUGACACGUCGUAUAAUAUAGACUAAUACAAGGAGAUGGCUACAAAUUUCGACGCUUAUAUAUAAGCGUUGAAGAUCGCUAUAUUUGCCAUCUAUAAAAUACCGACAAGGACAGGAUCGGGGCACAGAGUCAGAGGUGGGGGUGGUAUUACCUUAUAAGUCACACAAGAAUCGACUUUCUCAAUUAUUUAUCAUGACAAAUACAUCCUCAAAUUCAUGCCUGGAAUAUUUACUAUCACCAUCUUCUAUUUCAAGUCUUGUGGAAUCAUGGCUUAAAGAAGAUAUCCCCAGUUUCGAUUAUGGAGGAAUUGUUGUGGGAGAAAAGGAAGAGACAGCGGUACUCUUGUGCAAGUCACCCGGAGUUCUGGCGGGGGUUCCGUUCUUCAACGCGGUGUUUAAGGCAGUUGACUGCGAGGUGCAUUGGGAAACAAAAGAAGGGGCUUUUUUGGAACCAGUCUUUCUAGCGGCUAUUGUGAAAGGCAAAGCACGGAAUAUUCUCAUGGGUGAAAGAUCUGCUUUGAAUUGUAUAGCAAGGGCCAGUGGGGUAGCAACUUUAGCAAGAAAUCUGAGAAAUCUAGCCGAGAAAUCAGAUUGGAAAGGCCGUGUUGCUGGGACUCGUAAGACAACCCCAGGAUUUAGGAUGGUUGAGAAGUAUGCUUUGUUGGUGGGCGGGGCUGAUACCCAUAGAUACGACUUAUCAUCUAUGAUCAUGCUGAAGGAUAAUCAUAUAUGGUCUGCUGGGAGUAUAACACAGGCUGUGAAAAAUGCAAGAAAAGCUGGAGGAUUCUCAAUCAAGAUUGAAGUGGAAUGUCGGAGUCUGGAGGAGGCCAGAGAGGCAGCGUCAGCAGGGGCUGAGAUCAUCAUGCUGGAUAAUUUCACACCAGAGGCAGCAGCAUCGGCUGCCAGGCAACUCAAGACGGAAUUCCCGCAUCUCCUGCUCGAGGCAAGUGGAGGGAUCACAGAAGAAUCCCUUCCAACAUUCUGCAUCCCAGACAUCGAUGUUAUUUCGACCAGCAGACUCACCCAAGGUUAUCCUGUGGUAGACUUCUCCUUGAAGAUUAGAAAAGAAGGCCAUGAUCCAAGAAAUCCAUUGGUGCAAAGUUAACCAAAAUGAAAAGUUGACUUAUUAAGAAAACGAAAAAACUGAAAAACUGAAAUUAACUUGCACAAAUAGUUAGAAAGUUGAGAAUUUUUCAUUCUUUCAAAAGUUGCAAUCUUAUGGGGAUUUCAAAGUGGCUGCAUAGAUAAUUCAAUUAUAUUUUGAUUACAUGUACCUCCCAAAGGGUCAAGAUGCCUGGGAGAUAAACCCCAAAUUUAUGAUUUAAUUCAUAAUGAAUAUUCAAUGUUUCAACUUUUAUCAAUUUCAUAAUGACUGAGCCCUUUCGUUCAUGAAACAAUCUAUAGUCAAAUCAUGGUGAUUUAUAUUCACAUAUUUGUAAAAUCAAAUUUUACAUAAAUAUGGAAAUGUUCGUGUUUUAUCUUUAGAAAAAAGGAUAUAAAAGAUAAAUGUUUGACAUCAUAAGCUCUCUCAAUUUGCAGGCCAGUCAUGAGAAUUAUUUUUGGAAAUGAAGCAAAACCUAUUCAUGUCUCUUAUUAUUAAUCCAUUCAUCCAAUUUUGAUGAAAUUUUUAGGGUUUUUAAGUGCUUAGUUUUCUUUGUGUUAUUUGAUCUUGCAUGAGCUUUUUGCUGGGAUAGACUUAUUAGGUUAAUCAAGCUAAGUACGGUGAAAGCUAAUAUAAAUGACAUGAAACUGAUUAAAAUAGUCUCACCUGACUGUCAAUGCAAGAGAUUAUCUGAUAUUCAACUCAGGUUUUCUAGCUUUUUUAAAAUGUUUUUUUCAAUUCAAUAUUAUGUAUCAUCUCUCUAUGUGUUCACAAUGCUGGCUGCUUUUAUACAAGUGGGCAGUGUCUUGUUCAAUGUACCAAGAUUUUGAAGGGCCAGACAUAGCGUAUGGGGCAAAAUUAUUUUAAAAAUCUGUGAGUAAUCGUAGUGAGCAAGCAUAAAUCUGACCAUUUAAAUACAAUAAUCUAAUUUUAAUUCAAUUUUUGAUAGAUUUUAAUAUUUAGAUAGUGAUAUCAUAAUUUACCCUUGCUUUUCGUUCUUUUCUCAUUUUUGUUCCUGUUUGCGAAACCUUUGAGGUUCUAUGGUCCCAUCUGAAAGCAAGGGAGUGGGGGGAGUUAAGGAUAUAAAGACUAAAAUCUAUUCCUGACCUUAAAUUUUAAGCCAAUAGUUGUCUGUUUACCAUCAAAUUGCUAGAAAUGAAGUGAAUUUCAAUUAAUUUGAGCUUUUAUUAAUAUGAGAUAUUUUUAUUUUCCUCUAAUAGGAAAUAUUCAUUCUCUAUAUUUUGCUUCAAAAAUUUAAUUAUCUGCAUGUCAAGUGUACUAGGCUCAUCACUACCAUGGUUUUAUGGUACUGGUAAGCUCUUUAGAAUUUUAAUAUCUUUUUCAUAGACUAUAGGUUCAGGGUUAUUUCUAGUUUUUAAGAGUCAGGUUUUUUUAAAAUCAAGUUUAUAAUUGAUGUACAUUUUUUUUAAACAAAUAUUAUAUUGUUUUGAGGGGAAUUUGUACAAGAAAUAUUAACUACAUGUAUCAGUGCUAGCAGAGGUAAUCACAACAAUGAUUAAACUCAGUUCUAUCAAGUAGAGUGAAAAGAAAUAUUACCCUGACUAGUUGUAAAAUUGAUAUGUAACAUUGUAAUUACAAAAAGUACAUCAAUUUUGUGAAAUUUUGGUGCCUCUAUGGGGGACGAGACAAUCCUCUCCUAGAAGCUGCUAUAUAAAUUUUGAAAUUCGAGAGGAGGACAUGUCCUCCCCCCCCACCCGAUUGCAGCGAAUGAUCACUAUAUAUUCAUCCAUAUCACACAAGAGAUUCCAUUUCCAUGUAAAUUAUGAUUUGUGGAGUAAAUUAAGUGUUGAUUUUGAAAAUUCACAUUCCAAUUUCAUGCAGUUUUUACUAACCAUUGACAGUACUUGGUAUUAGUUGGUCUCAGUACUUUAACUUAGCAGGGCCGCAGAACCAGGGGUGGGGGUUUUACCCCUCCCCCCUACUUUUUUUCUCCAAAAACUAUAUAUAAAUGUAAAUAUUACCAUCUGAUUGUGAUUUUUUGCAUGGUCAGCCCCCCCCCCCCAACAUUCGAAACUGUUCCACGGUCCCUGCACACAGCCUGUUAACGAACAUGCCAGUGCUUUAUAGUACAGGUAUUUUGCUGGAUAUGAAGCUGAAAAGAUACUCAGGUUUUGAUCAGUCAUCAGUAUUCAGUAAUAUAAAUUAUGACUGGGCCCAGUCUUAGUUACACUCGUGAUUGAUCCGAUCAUUCUCCAAUUUGGAAAUCUGUGUACAUAUAUAUAUGUGAUAGUCUGUUGUAUAUACAUGGGGGAGUAAAUUCUUCCUUCAUUAACAUGUAGAAGCAUGCUGAUUUGUCAAAAACAAUAUGCUUGAGUGAUUAAUAGACAUGCAUAGAUGCAUAGAAGAUGAUGCUGUUGUUGGCUUUCUAUAGUUUAAUAUUACAAGAUCAAUUACAGCACUUUGGAAGACAGGGCACAUACAUCAUUGAUAAGAAUAAGAUUCUGUAUUAUGUUAUGUGCAUAGAUUUUGUGCUCCACAUUGUUGUUCGCUUUAUGCCCCAAUUGGAAGUGGCAAAUGUUUAUUCUCCAUGCAGGGCCCCGUCUUACAAAGAGUUACAAUUGAUCCAAUCAAUCUCAACUGGAUGGAAAUCCAACCAUACCAUAAUUUUUUUCUACAGAAAACUUGCACAAUCUCCUUAGUAAACAAAGAGAAUCACACUGAAUCUUCAAAAGAACAAGGAAUGUAUGAAUAUAUAUCAUAUCUAGAAAAUGUUUUGAACAAAUUUGCAUUUUAGAUGUUGACGUUGCUGGCCAUCCAUAGUUGUGAUCGGAUCAAUUUCAACUCUGUAAGAGGGGGCCUAGAUACAUGGGUAAUACAUGUACAUUUAUUAUCCAAUGGCACAAACUUAUACAAGGAUCUAUGUAACAUAAAUGACACAAUGAGUAGGCCACAUUGAUCACUACUUAUGGUUUACCAUUAACUCUUAUGUUAUUGGUACAUGCAUGUUGUAUGGUCACUAGGGUUGCAUAUUUAUUGAAGUGACAAUCACUGAUUAAGCAAUUUAACAUGCUAAACUGGGGAUAAUGUUUCAGAUAUUAUGAAUAUCAAUGUGAAUAUAUUGUGCAUGAUACUGCUAUGUGUUUAUUGAGAUGAAAGGCGCAAGAAACCUCUGCUACCUUUUAUUGUUUUGCAAGUCAAUGGAGUAGCAAGAGACUAUCUUUCCUAGUUUCCUGGGAUUCUGGGAAUGUCCCAAAUCUUUUUGUGUUUUAUGCAUAAUGUAUUCUUGUGCCAAGUGAGAUAAUAAGGGCAAUUAAACUGGGUUAAAAAAGAAACUGAUCAAACUUUACAAGGGCACUGCACAAUAAACUGGGAAUUUCCUUUAAUCUCAUCUCAUUUUCAUUGGUCUCUCUUUUGCCAUUUUGUGAUUUUGGAUUAUGAAACCAAUUGGUGCAAGAGGCUGUAGCCUCUCUGUGAUUGAACCAAUCUCUCAAUUAUUCACAUGCAUUUAGUUAGGAAUAUUAAAGCUAGCCUGUGUAAAAAUAUUGUUCAUUUUGACCGAGUGGAAUUUCUUUUGGAACCCAGUUUGGUAUUUUUACAGUUACUGAUGUAUAGUUUCAGAGCGUAGACCUUUGAACUAAUUAACUUAUAUCAAUUCAUAAUAAAGCAAAGCUAUAGAUGUUAAA